AUGUCGGACACUGAAGAGAUCAUUGAGGAAUAUGAAGAGGAACAGGAAGAAGAAUGCGUCGAAGAAGAAGAGGAAGAAUGGAUAGAGGUGGAAGACGAACAAGAGGAACAAGAACAAGAAGAAGCUGAAGAAGUCAAGGAAGAUGGAGAUGAACCUAGGGCAGAAGAACAAGAAGAGCAAGCUAAAGAACCAGAAGGAGAAUCAAAGCCUAGGCCCAAGCUCUUUAUGCCAAAUUUGGUGCCUCCAAAGAUCCCUGAUGGGGAGAGAGUGGACUUUGAUGACAUUCACCGCAAGAGAAUGGAGAAGGAUCUGAAUGAGCUGCAAACACUGAUUGAGGCCCAUUUUGAGAACCGGAAGAAAGAGGAGGAAGAGCUGAUAUUCCUCAAGGACAGAAUAGAGCAGCGGCGAGCAGAACGAGCUGAACAGCAACGGAUCCGCAGUGAGCGAGAGAAGGAACGUCAGGCCCGCUUCGCUGAAGAGAGAGCCCGGAAAGAGGAAGAAGAAAAUAGGAAGAGGGCUGAAGAGGAUGCCAGGAAGAAGAAGGCUUUCUCCAACAUGCUCCAUUUUGGAGGCUACAUACAGAAGACAGAGAAGAAGAGUGGGAAAAAACAGACGGAGCGGGAGAAGAAGAAAAAGAUCCUCAGCGAGCGUCGAAAACCUUUGACCAUCGAUCACUUGAAUGAAGACAAACUGAAGGAAAAGGCAAAGGAACUGUGGCAGAAUAUCCAUGACCUGGAAGCUGAGAAAUUUGACUUGCAGGAAAAGUUCAAGAGGCAGAAAUAUGAGAUUUCCAUACUCACUGCACGCUGUGAUGAGUUAAGCAAGUACUCAAAGGCCGCCCGUGGGAAGCCUGUGGUUGGUGGCCGGUGGAAGUGAGAGAUGGUUUGUGCCCAGCCUGCAGAGACGGCAGAGCAGGACACUUCUGCAUGGGCCAGCCUUUGAUCCAUCAUCCCAACCCAUGUGGCCCAAAGGAAUGCACCAACUCUUCCAGAUUAUUCAGACCAAGCCACCUUCCAAUGGCUUCACUCUGUAGAAUGACUGUAGUUGUGUGUGCAGCACUGUCACGGCACAUAGCAAACACGCUGCUGUGUGAAAAAAUGACUGUGUCACCAAAGUUAAGCAUACUGUGUCUGUAAAUAAAGCAAAUCAUGCAGCAA